AUGGGAAAAGUAGUGGUUAUUUUAGCAGGUGACUUCCGACAAACAUUACCGGUAAUAACACAUGGAACACCUGCUGACCAAAUUGAUGCAUGUUUGAAAAAAUCUUAUCUUUGGAAACAUACAAAGAUAAUAAUGUUAAAAAAAAACAUGAGAGUAUUUUUAACAGGUGAUCCUACACUAUCAACUUUUUCAGAACAAUUACUACUUCUUGGUAAUGGGAAAUGGAAGGAAGAUUCGGAUGGUACUGUGGAAUUUCCAUCAAAUUUUUGCAAUAUUGUAAAAUCAAUUGAAUCUUUAAAAACUCAUGUAUUUCGUGAUAUGCAAAAGAAUUAUAUCAAUCAUGAAUGGAUAUGUGAAAGAGCCAUACUUGCACCGACAAAUAAUAAAGUAGAUGAUAUUAAUAAAGAUAUAUUAAACUCUCUCCCAGGAGAAAGUAAAAUAUAUAAAUCAAUUGAUACCGUAUGCAAUCCCGAAGAUUCAAUACACUAUCCAAUGGAGUUUUUAAAUUCUUUGACAAUACCAGGUUUACCUCCUCAUAUAUUAACUUUAAAAAUUGGAGCACCUAUCAUGAUUUUAAGAAAUAUUAAUCCACCUAAAUUAUGCAAUGGAACCCGUUUAAGUGUAAAAUCUUUGAAAAAUAAUGUAAUAGAAGCUACAAUAUUAACCGGAUGUGGAAAAGGUGAAGUCGUAUAUAUACCAACAAUACCUCGCACUACCAGUACAAUAAGGCCACAAGUCAGAAAAAUUGAUUUUUGA